AUGGGACUUGGCGCCACGCCCCGGGCAUUCAGAACGAAUGGACAGACUACACCCAAUGUAACAACUACGAGGUGAGCUCAUUACGCCUUCCUUUCUUUGUGGGGUAUCUUGUCGUCAGCGCGCUGUCCGCUGUUAGCGAGGUGACUCUAAGCGACGGUGACAGUACACAACAAAAAAAAACAACAAAAAAAACAAAAAAAAGGCCAAGUUUCUAUGGUGACCGCAGAGUAAAGGGGUGGGUGGAAGGCAGGGACGUCGUUUGGGUAGGACAUGGAGGAGCAUUUGCCCCCCCCCUCCCCCACACACACUCCCUGAUUGUGUCAAUUUUUUUCCCAACUAGAUAUCAGUAUCUAGGAAAGCAGAUCAUCAAACGUAGCAGAAAAUAAGUAAGGAAAAAAUAUUCAUUUCUUUAAAAUUAACAAUAGAAAACAUAAAUGACAAUCUGGCCAUUCUUAUUAAAAUGGCUGUGUACUGUGACGCCUCCAGUAAUAAACAACUCUACAAGCUGUCCAAGUUUUGGUUUCGAUUUCCUGUAAACAAAAACAACCUGAAAUGACGUCCUUGGUGUUGGAUCGAGGAGGUGUUCUGGUGUGCGCUUUUUAUUCUGAACUUUUAGACUCUAGAUGGAUCUUAUCAUUAAAGUCCAGCUAUUCAAAGCGGGAAGAACAUUAAUUAAAUUUGAGAACUGGGGCCUGGAUUAACUGGUUUGUUCUGGGUAGAUUCUCCUGAGGGCACAUAUUUGGCAACGGUAUUCUUAAGAUUUUUUACGGUAAAGAUGGAGAGGGAAAAAAAAUGUGUUUAGGAACAAUUGAAUCUCAUGUAAACGUCCGAUAUAAUUGUGAGUAUCGUGCUAUACAAGAGGUCAAUUUUCGUGUCAACUGUAUAUGACCAGAGGCGGAUCCGGCAGGCGACAACCAGGGACUUGCUCCCUGGUAGGAAACUAUUUACGACAGUAAAUUAUAUUGUGUCUUGGAAGCCACAAUAUUAUUUAUUGUCAGUGCCGAUUUAUUGUAAUUUCUACCGUAUUUUCGCGGAUAUAAAACGCACCCGCAUAUAAGACGCACCCGCAUAUAAGACGCACCCGCAUAUAAGACGCACCCACAUAUAAGACGAACCCGCAUAUAAGACGCACCCGCACAUAAGACGCACCUAAUUAUAAUACGCACCGGCAUAUAAGACACACCAAAUUAUAAGACGCACCGGCAUAUAAGACGCACCCGCAUAUAAGACGCACCCGCAUAUAAGACGCACCCGCACAUAAGACGCACCCGCAUAUAAGACUCACCCGCAUAUAAGACGCACCCGCAUAUAAGACGCACCCGCAUAUAAGACGCACCCGCAUAUAAGACGCACCCGCAUAUAAGACGCACCCGCAUAUAAGACGCACCCGCAUAUAAGACGCACCCGCAUAUAAGACGCACCCGCAUAUAAGACGCACCCGCAUAUAAGACGCACCCGCAUAUAAGACGCACCCGCAUAUAAGACGCACCCGCAUAUAAGACGCACCCGCAUAUAAGACGCACCCGCAUAUAAGACGCACCCGCAUAUAAGACGCACCCGCAUAUAAGACGCACCCGCAUAUAAGACGCACCCGCAUAUAAGACGCACCCGCAUAUAAGACGCACCCGCAUAUAAGACGCACCCGCAUAUAAGACGCACCCGCAUAUAAGACGCACCCACAUAUAAGACGCACCCACAUAUAAGACGAACCCGCAUAUAAGACGCACCCGCACAUAAGACGCACCUAAUUAUAAUACGCACCGGCAUAUAAGACACACCAAAUUAUAAGACGCACCGGCAUAUAAGACACACCAAAUUAUAAGACGCACCGGCAUAUAAGACGCACUUAAUUAUAAGACGCACCGGCAUAUAAGACGCACCUAAUUAGAAGACGCACCGGAAUAUAAGACACCAAAUUAUAAGACGCACCGGCAUAUAAGACACGCCAAAUUAUUAAGACGCACCGGCAUAUAAGACACACCAAAUUAUAAGACGCACCGGCAUAUAAGACUCACCAAAUUAUAAGACGCACAGGCAUAUAAGACACAUCAAAUUAUUAAGACGCACCGGCAUAUAAGACACACCAAAUAAUAAGACGCACCCGCAUAUAAGACGCGGGUUUUGACGAAUUGCGUCAAAAAUAUUUUGCAUAAGACGCACCUAUAGAAAAGCCGCACCGAGCAAGUUAUAUCAAGUUGUUUCCUUUCCUAUAUCAGGAAUGAAAAUUGAAAUGUCUCCAAUGUUUUAUCACCCGUCGGAUGUAAGCAAGGAUUCUUUACCAUUUUGAGUUUGUGGGUAGAUCAAAGAAUUGUUUGAGGCAACGAUUACGUGUUGAUUCUCAUCUGCCGCCGGGCCAGUAGCGGAUGAGUUGAGUACUUGGAAUACACUAGUAUCCAGAAUCCAGAAACAAUUAACGCCAGAAGUAAAGGCGGAUGUAUAAGACAUAGAUACCUAAUUAUAAGAUGAACCACAUACAAAACACAGGUUUUGACAAUUUGGGUCAAAAAUAUUUUAAAUAAGACGCACCUAUAGAUAAGACGCACCUAUAGAUAAGACGCACCUAUAGAUAAGACGCACCUAUAGAUAAGACGCACCUAUAGAUAAAAAGCACCUAUAGAUAAGACGCACCUAUAAAUCAGACACACCUAUAGAUAAGACGCACCUAUAGAUAAGACGCACCUAUAGAUAAGAUGCACCUAUAGAUAAGACGCACCUAUAGAUAAGACGCACCUAUAGAUAAGACGCACCUAUAGAUAAGACGCACCUAUAGAUAAGACGCACCUAUAGAUAAGACGCACCUAUAGAUAAGACGCACCUAUAGAUAUGACGCGCCUAUAGAUAAGACGCACCUAUCGAUAAGACGCAACUAUCGAUAAGACGCACCUAUAGAUACAACACACCAUAGAUAAGACACACCUAUAGAUAAGACGCACCUAUAGAUAAGACGCACCUAUAGAUAAGACGCACCUAUAGAUAAGACGCACCUAUAGAUAAGACGCACCUAUAAAUAAGACGCACCUAUAGAUAAGACGCACCUAUAAAUCAGACGCACCUAUAGAUAAGACACACCUAUAGAUAAGACGCAUCUAUAAAUAAGACGCACCUAUAGAUAAGACACACCUAUAGAUAAGACGCACCUAUAAAUAAGACGCACCUAUAAAUAAGACGCACCUAUAGAUAAGACGCACCUAUAGAUAUGACGCACCUAUAGAUAAGACGCACCUAUAGAUAAGACGCACCUAUAAAUCAGACACACCUAUAGAUAAGACGCACCUAUAGAUAAGAUGCACCUUUAGAUAAGACGCACCUAUAGAUAAGACGCACCUAUAGAUAAGACGCACCUAUAGAUAAGACGCACCUAUAGAUAAGACGCACCUAUAGAUAAGACGCACCUAUAGAUAAGACGCACCUAUAGAUAAGACGCACCUAUAGAUAAGACGCACCUAUAGAUAAGACGCACCUAUAGAUAAGACGCACCUAUAGAUAAGACGCACCUAUAGAUAAGACGCACCUAUAGAUAAGACGCACCUAUAGAUAAGACGCACCUAUAGAUAAGACGCACCUAUAGAUAAGACGCACCUAUAGAUAAGACGCACCUAUAGAUAAGACGCACCUAUAGAUAAGACGCACCUAUAGAUAAGACGCACCUAUAGAUAAGACGCACCUAUAGAUAAGACGCACCUAUAGAUAAGACGCACCUAUAGAUAAGACGCACCUAUAGAUAAGACGCACCUAUAGAUAAGACGCACCUAUAGAUAAGACGCACCUAUAGAUAAGACGCACCUAUAGAUAAGACGCACCUAUAGAUAAGACGCACCUAUAGAUAAGACGCACCUAUAGAUAAGACGCACCUAUAGAUAAGACGCACCUAUAGAUAAGACGCACCUAUAGAUAAGACGCACCUAUAGAUAAGACGCACCUAUAGAUAAGACGCACCUAUAGAUAAGACGCACCUAUAGAUAAGACGCACCUAUAGAUAAGACGCACCUAUAGAUAAGACGCACCUAUAGAUAAGACGCACCUAUAGAUAAGACGCACCUAUAGAUAAGACGCACCUAUAGAUAAGACGCACCUAUAGAUAAGACGCACCUAUAAAUAAGACGCACCUAUAGAUAAGACGCACCUAUAAAUAAGACGCACCUAUAGAUAAGACGCACCUAUAGUUAAGACGCACCUAUAAAUAAGACGCACCUAUAGAUAAGACGCACCUAUAGAUAAGACGCACCUAUAGAUAAGACGCACCUAUAGAUAAGACGCACCUAUAAAUAAGACGCACCUAUAAAUAAGACGCACCUAUAGAUAAGACGCACCUAUAAAUCAGACGCACCUAUAGAUAAGACACACCUCUAGAUAAGACGCACCUAUAAAUAAGACGCACCUAUAGAUAAGACACACCUAUAGAUAAGAUGCACCUAUUAAUAAGACGCACCUAUAGAUAAGACGCACCUAUAGAUAUGACGCACCUAUAGAUAAGACGCACCCUGUGUGCGGGGUACUUAAACUAUUGUAUAAGAGCCGUCUGAUAUACGCGAACAUACGGUAUGUGAUCAAUGUCAUUGUUAUGUCCUCUCUGUCAUUGUGACUGGUGUCCUUACUGUCAUUGUGGCUUGGGUCCUUACUGUCAUUGUGCCUGGUGUCCUUACUGUCAUUGUGACUGGUGUCCUUACUGUCAUUGUGGCUUGUGUCCUUACUGUCAUUGUGCCUGGUGUCCUUACUGUCAUUGUGGCUUGUGUCCUUACUGUCAUUGUUACUUGUGUACUUACUGUCAUUGUCACUUGUGUCCUUACUGUCAUUGUCACUUGUUUCCUUACUGUCAUUGUGACUGGUGUCCUUACUGUCAUUGUGGCUUGUGUCCUUACUGUCAUUGUGCCUGGUGUCCUUUAUGUCAUUGUGGCUUGUGUCCUUACUGUCAUUGUUACUUGUGUCCUUACUGUCAUUGUGACUGGUGUCCUUACUGUCAUUGUCACUUGUGUCCUUACUGUUAUUGUUACGUGUAUCCCUAAUGUUACUGUUUAUUGAACCCUUGUCAAUAUUUGUGCCACCCUUGUCAAUAUUUGCGCCACACUUGUCAAUAUUUGUGCCACACUUGUCAAUAUGUGUGCCACCCUUGUCAGUAUGUGUGCCACCCUUGUCAAUAUGUAUGCCCCUCAUGCCAUUUUUAGUGCCGCCUCUGUCAACAUUGGCGCCACGCCUGUCAUUAUUUGAGCGACACUAUCAAUAGGAGCGUGCUGUUUGUAAUUUGUUAAGAGCUAAGAUCACUCUUACACUCUGCUCUUAGGUAAUUGGAGAAUCAGAGCCGCACCUUGGGUGUAACUACUACUCCUGGAAAAAAAAUAUUUGGGGGGGGAGCGGAUUUAGCUAUUCAAGGUGUCUAAAGUUAUGAUGUUUUUAAAGUAAUGAAAUUAUUAACUUUGAAAAAAAAAUAAGGGAGGGGUGGGGGUGUACACAAAACCUAAAAGUGGCACGGGGUUGGGGUGUCUCAGAGGGACGCGCAAUUUCUCGGUUGACAAUUGUUUAUACAUCAACUAUUUGACUUAUUGGGUCAAUAGUAUUUUAACCUAGUUCUUAUCAUUGCGUAGCUUUGUGGGAUAACUUUAAUGAGUGUUUAAACCCAUAUCUAAACGUAUUUCCCCCCAUCCAACCCCCGCCCACAUUAAAUUCUUGUUGCAUCGAAAGUGCAGCUGUCACAUUCAUGUCUGCUGUUAAUAAAUAAAUUUAUCUAAUUAGCCAGGUAGGAAUACAUUCUUUUUGGCUUUCCUAGUGUUCCAUUUAUUACAUUUUUUUAUCACGUCAGACAUAUUAUAAAGAAUCCUAUCGUUAAACGAGUGAUAAAUGGUUUUAAUCAUCAGCAGUUAACAGGGGGUGUGGGUGGGUGGGGGGGGCAUAUUGAUGUUCGCUUAAGAGUGUACAGUUACAGGUAUUAACCCACUGCUUUUAUUGUGCUGUUAAGAGACACUCAUCCAGAAGAUUCGGUACUAUUUUUUCAGCCUUUUCCUAGCCUGUUACCAACAGUGAUAAUUGGAUGUCAAGCAAUAAAAAACAAAAAAAAAACAAAAAAAAAACAAUCCGACUUGAGUAACUGUUCUCGUUAGAUUCAAUUGUUUCACAUCCGGGCACAGGGGACUGACUGCGAACCAAAUGGCUUGUCACACUCAAUGACGAGCCAGAUUCGUCUUGAUGCAUGACUGUGAAUCUCCCGAAUCUAGUGACACGAUUGUGAUACUUGAAUUUUAAGUCUGGUGGAAGAGGAGUGGGGGGGGGGAGAGAGAGAAGGGAAGAAGAUGCGUUUUCCCUCAAAGCGGAUACGACGAAAUGGGGAAAAACUGGUUUCCCGCUUAAUACUUUCUCUGGACAACUUCAACAAGUGCAGAGUUACAUACCUUUUUUUGUAGUAGUCGCCUGGUGGCGUUUUGAGAUGUUCUUUUGGUAACUGAACAUUUGGGUUUCGAACUUGGGAUGUUAAUAUUUUUUGGUCUUUUUUCUUUAAUUUUCCCCCCCUCUUUCCUUUAUUCUAGCUCCUCAGCUUUAAGCAUCUGUGAUCCUGUCACAAAUCGCCCUUUACAAACUGUAAUACCCUCAUUAAAAAAACCCACAUAAUUAAUAUAAAUAAAUCAUAGCUCAUUAAGUUUAUUCAGAAACGGUGUUCUCAUUUAAAUAUAACACUGCAAAAAAAAAAAAAAAAUUACCCCCACCGAAAGGAAAAAAAACAAAGAUUUGAGGACCGCUGGUCUGGCUGAACGCUUUGUUAUUUUGUGCUCGCAUAGCGUGUCUGUUCCUAGUGACUAUUUUAUGACCGUCUUGUGACUUUGCCGCCCGUAAUAAUUUCUUUCUCUCUCGUUCGCAGAUUUACGGGGAGAUUCACACCGCCUCGGUGGCUUGUAACGUCAUAACGAUGAUCCUGCUGGUUCCGGCCUGCUUCAUCUUCCUGUACUUCAAGUAGGUCAUUCCCACCCCACCAUACCCGCCCAAAACACAAUUUUUUUUUACAUAAUCACCUCUUUUCCGGGGAGUUGGUGAGCAGGGCCCGUACGAUUGAGCCAUCUUAGAACUAGGGUAGAGCCAUACAUUUAUGUACAAGGUGAUCCGUCGCGUGGGCCUUUGCAGCCCGUGCGGCUAAGCGGGGCCUUAGGUACUGAAAGGUCCCAAGGAUAUGAUGGUAUGUAAAGUAUUUGAACGUUGAACUGUUGCAAGGUGCACAAAACCGAAAAUUAAGAGAGCGCCUCCAAAAAGGCGAGCGACGGCUCUGAGUAUAGAAUAAGGAAAAUGGUACUUAAACACAUAUUCACGAAGCCUCCUGAUUCUUCGACAUGCCCCACCCCCCUCCCGAGCACAGUCCCAGUUUAAGCAACCCUUCCUCGUAGAUGUAGCUUGACCUUUGAACUUUUAUCUUAGAAUGCUCAGGACAUCGGCCUCUACCAUUUUUUUUUCCUCCCCGCGAUGUAUGUCGACGCAAUGAAGGAGGAAACUUGCCACGAGGAACAACUCAUGUUCACAAAGUUGUCUAGACUGUAUUAUUUCAAUGUCCAUGCGUAAGAUUGAUAUUUCUACCCAGUGGCUCCGAUGAUAAUUUUCCAGUGAUGCGAUACAUUGCUACACGGGUUUGUGAUCAAUUAUUACCCUCCCCUUUCAAAUUAUCGGAAAUGACUGCGAUUUUAUAGACGUCAAAAAUUGUGCCGGAAGGUCACCACAGAAACGACACUGACCCCAUGCCACUGACCCCAUGUCACUGACCCCCUGCCUCUUUGGAAUAAUUCCCCCCCCCAAAAAAAAAAACACAAAAAAAAACAAACAAACAAACAAACAAAAAAACGUUUAAUUAAAUUCAGCUUGUGGAAGAAGUUAGUGUACAGAAUGGACUGAAAGAAUGAAGGUGUCAUGGCGGUGACAUGUAUGAUCUGAUCAAAUAUAAUUUUCACUUUGCGAAUAUGUAGCCUAAUUCAAAGACCCAUGAACCCUGGGUUUGCAGGACCGUGCGAAAGAAUGAGGGAGAUUCGAAGUGGGUGGCCGCUCCAGGCGACAGCCUCAAAGUGAGGGGGCGGCGCCAAAACAUAAAUUAUUGUUGUAUAUAAAUAUAUAUAUUUUUUAUCAUAUAUCAUUGUAUUGAUUUAUGGAUGAAGCAAGCCCCGGGGGGGGGGAGGGGAGGGGAUGUAUUAUCAGGCUUCACCCCUGGCGCAGCUUUUCCCUUACCUGGUCCUGCUGGGUCGUGACUUAAAUUUAGCCUGCUGGGGAUGGUCGACCCGGCACUACAACAUAAACUGCUCAGAACAGGCGAUAAUCCUCACAUGUUUGAUGCUAGACAAACGACUUUUGAAACGGUCAUACGGCAGCGAAAAAAAAAAUGUUUCACGGUAAGCACUGGCCAAGCCCUGGUCAAGCACUGGCCAAGCACUGGCCAAGCACUGGUCAAGCACUGGUCUGAAAGAACUCUGUAAAAUAAAACGUUGCUCAGGUGUCUGGAUGGCUAUUUGUCCAGCUACUAUUUUUUGCACAGUUUCGUGGGUGCCUGCAACAUCAUCUUACCACUAACGAGUAGUCACUUCUUCAUUUAUGUUUAAUUGUUUUAGUAUGUGUUACAACCCGAGGGAGACGUUUGUGUCGUAGUUUGAAAUCUCUUGUAGAUAACUGGGUGUUUUUUUUUUUUCUUUCUGUCCAUUCUAACCGGAUUCUCUUCCUGGUUUUGGCAUAGUUGGGCAAUCAAAGCAAGAUUUCAUUUUUGUUCAGUGACGAAAUUUCACCUUUACAAUAUAACGUGUUAAAUAAGUUGCCUUCUAAAAUGUUAAACACUCCAUUAUACGUCCAUGCCGGGCUACGCGAGAAACUCUAUCGCCGAAUCUUAAACUUAAAGCGUUUAUUUUAUAGAUUUUAUGUAGAGAAUAUAUAUCCGUCUCAUUUACAAAUAGUUUAUUAAGAAUUGGCAGUCCACCCGCCACAGACAAGACACGCUACCUGAGAAGGCCAUACAAAUAGAUGAUUCGAAGACACAUCCCGUCACCUCUCUUGAAAUCCUUGACGUCACCCUUGAUAAAACGUAAUACGUAACGCAUAGAAAAUAACAAAAUGAAAACGGCCCCUCCUUUUUGUAAAUCCUAACCUCCCCCCCCCCCGCCCUAAAAAAAAAUGUCCAGCCCUCGACAGUUCAUUGAUGAGAAUUGAUCUAAGUCAUGAGUCACACCCACACACCCAUGGACGCUAGUAAAGAACAAAAAAAAAAAGCUAUAAGUCAAAUACGUAAUCCCGGAAGUAGGACAUGUGCCACUAGAGACUGAAAACGCCGAGACAAUGUAGACUCGUGGUUGUCUCGCAGAUGGAUGGCGCCCCGAGUGGAGCUGAUCGCGCCGUUUGGUUUUACGGGUUUUCCAAUACUGCUGACACGCCCUAAACGAGUGAAUCUCGCGACUUGUCGCUCCAUUCACCUCGUAAAAGAAAAUUAACCAACCUUGACUGCGGCAGUGAUGUUGUUGUUUUAACGCAAGAGAAAAACUUGAACUUUUGCAAAUAAGUAAAUGUACCUUGACUUCAGGAAGCGUCGGACAAAGGCAUAGUUGCUCGGGGGGGGGGUUUGGGGGGGAGGAUCUGGUUACUUAACGAUUCUGAAUCAAUCAGCGUGUGGUUGACCUGGUGUAGACCGGACCAGCAAUGGUGUACCCCAUUAGUGAUAGCUUCGGAGAAAUUCGACAGGCAAGUCUUGGAAAAGAAGAAGACAAAGUAGAUCAUGAACUGUUAAAUAGCUUGUGAAAUAACUUCUGUUAUCUAAUAAUUAUCGUUGAUAUAAAGUUAGAUAUUUGUUGUUGUUUUAAAAAAAAAAAAACGUUGAUACGAAAUCUAACUUUUCCAUCGAAUAUGAUAACUGAUCCUAAUGUAUCAUACACAUGCAAUUUUGGCAAGUAAUGGAGGGUUUCGUUGAACGUGCAUCUUAAUGUUGUGCUAUGGAAAAAAUAUGGACCGAAAAAAGGAUGAAUAUGUAUGGAGAAUGCGAACCAACAAGGAAUGCAUUGUCUUUAUAAAGAUCCCACGCAAGUAGCAAAAAGUGUUUAAAAGGGCAUGAUGGGCUGGACACUUAGAAAGAAUGUCAAAUGACAGAGGAAUAAAGGGGGUGACCACCAAAACUCCAGAGGAAAACGACUCAAAGGCAGAUCUAGGGUAAGAUGGAUGGAUUAUGUGGAAAAGUAUCUACGACAGCUGGGUAUCCCCCAUACAUGGAAAAGAAAAAGCAUGAGAAGGAUGUGGUGAGGCAGGCCAAAGCUCUCUAUGGGGGCUGCAGCGCCACAGGGAUGGAUGGAUGGAUGUUGUUCGUUGGACUGUCAUCAGAUGUGAAAAAUUAUCAAAUACAUCAAUAUUAGAAAUGAUUCUUAACAUACUGUUAUUUUGUAUGGAUUUUCAAUUGUAAUAUGUUCAAAUCAUCUAUGUCCAAUUAAAGAAUCCUCAACCUAGCAUUGAAAUUUAGUAUGACUCUAAAGGAAAGCUUAAACUGUUAAGGGUUUAGCGACUUUAUUUUACGGUGUUUCAAAGUUUAAACAAGUGGGAGAACGAACCUCACCCCACCCCCCCCCCUCCACCCCACAAACCUUCAACCAACACCAGAUUAAAAAUCCCAUUUUUUAACAAGGAUAUUAUUUGGUCAGAAGUCUUACGCUGAAAUAUUGUUUCUUUCCUCUUCAGCAGCUUUCCCUUUAAUGGCGGUCCGCGGACCGUCACCGUUCCCGUGAGUAUUUUGUCGCCGGCCCGCACAACAUGAGUGGUCAAGUAAAAAGAAAACAAUAUUUAUAAACCUGGCACCGGCCUCUGGCGCAGUUUCGAAACUCGUCAAACGACGCGUCAAACAUGAAAGUUUGAGAAGCACUGGUCUACAGAUACCUGUGAUUCAUUCGGUCACAUUUUUCGUCAGGAAGAGGGAGAAGAUCACGUUCAGUAGAACCGGAAAUAUGAUCGCGCUAAUGGACUGCGAACACUGGAGAAGAAAAAAAAAACAAAGAUAUCUCGGUGUUUUUUUUUUUUCUUCCCCGAGUGGUACUUUCAUAGAUGGCAGUCCUACACCCACUUGCCAUUCAGUUGUCCUGCCAGGCUAUGGAUUCAACACCCGCUACAACUUCACGGCCAGUCCGAUGGUUCUGGAGAAGAAAAAAAAAACAAAGAUAUCUCGGUGUUUUUUUUUUUUCUUCCCCGAGUGGUACUUUCAUAGAUGGCAGUCCUACACCCACUAGCCAUUCAGUUGUCCUGCCAGGCUAUGGAUUCAACACCAGCUACAACUUCACGGCCAGUCCGAUGGUCUCGUGGUCACUUCUCUCUUCGGUAUCGAUCUUUUUUUUUUUACUCACUGACCCACAAAUAGCCCGUGCCGAGAAAUCACUGAGUUAAUCCCAUUGAUUUACCGGCGAGUGUCUCCCAAAUAUGGAUUGUGACGUUUCUAUUGGAGAGGGCUGGUCGGGACACGAGGUACAAUUAGGUUAGACAAAGCCGUUGAGGUAAUGGAGUCGGAUGUGGACCCGCUAGAGGUGUUUGUGUGUGUGUGGGGGGGAGGACCAUAACGUGGAGGAGGAGGAGGGGGUAAGUAAGUAUUCAAUGCCAGGAACUUCUUUGUUGGAAGCAAAAAGACAGCAUUAAACUAUGGUCCACAUAACCGGAUCACUCCACGAUGAAUCCUUAUGAAAAAGAAAUCAUCAUGUCAGCUGGCGGUCUUCAAAAAAAUUUGUCCUGGGGGGGGGGGGGCAUUCCUCCCCCACCCCUCAUGAAUUUGCAGAUUUUAUUUAAAUUGCUAUGUGCCGUCAAGUCGACCAAGUUUGGGUUCCCCCCACCCCCCUGAAAAAAAUUAAAAUGACGCCCCGGCCUACAACUUAGGGUUUGCGGGGCCCACGUUACGGCCUCCAAACCAAUUGAAAAUAUCAUUAAUUUACCCCGAAAACUAAACAUUUUCAUAGUUCACCAGUCUAGACUGGUUAGUCACUGCGUUAAAGGGGCAAACUUUUUGCUAAUUGAGAAACCUUGUUGCAACGAAAUUUUAAAGUUAUUUGUGUUAUAGAAUACAUGACCAGAGUUCUUUUUUAUUUAAUUUUUUUUUUUAUAAGCUUUCAACUAACAGCCUUUUCGAACUUCAAGGGCUACUUCAAGGGCUACUUCAAGGGCUACACAAGUCGUCUCUAACGUGCCAUUUUUGAAACGGAACAAAAUUGAAUUGACCUCAUUACUACUCCACGUUAUAAAAUGGAGUUCAGACUUUUGUUCUUCCUAUUUUUUUUUAAUGGACGCACAUUUCUUUUAACCUCCACCUAUAAUCUGUAUUAUUGAAAAGAAGGAAAAAAAAGAGAGAAAAGAAUAUAAAAACAUCUUUACAUAUUUGGGCUGUUUUUUUUUUCGAGAAACCAUAAAUAAGAUGACUUCUUAUUAAGAUUCAGAUUUUGAUUCAAUAUAUAACGGGUGAGGCAACCUUCGUCCCAAUUUUGUCGCUGGUGUAAUCAUCUUACUGAUAAGGGGAACGAUUAACGUCAGUGAAUACACAAAUGGUAUUUCCCAAUUUUUCAUUUACUUUACACUAUAAGUCAUUCCUACCAAAAGCCAUUUUUUAUUUAGUAUUUUAUUUUUUUAAAAGCACAGCCUAACGCUAUUUAGUCCUGAGAUCCCAUGAUAGCAUAUUAUAGGUAGAUAUCUAUUUUGCUGCACUCUUGAACGAAAAGUUUUCUGGACAUAGUGUUUUUGUCUGCGGCUUCCUUUAGGUUUAACGAUUGUGGGUGCCGCUCUUGAAGGAAAAACAUUAAUCAGAAGGUGAAAUAAUUGAUGCGUUUGGGAAUAUCAAGAACGAAGACCCGUUGUUUUGCUAAUCACACUAUAUUCUUUCCAAAAUGUAUGAUGCAGACCUGAACUUCGCGGAGGCGUGAAAUGAGCUGAGUCUGAGUGACAAUAGCGCAAUAACUUUCUAAAUAUAAGAGAUUCGUCCGUCGAGAAUCGACUAGGACCAUCGAGUCAUUCGGUGUUGGCUGACUGAUGACGUGCGCGGGUUGUUUCUUAAAGUGAGGAAGAGUUGCGCAGCGUCAACCUCGCCUCUCUCCACGCCGCUGGAUAACCCAAGGGAACAUCACCUGAUGAUACAGCUUGGCACCUGCACCAAUGUUAUCCACCUUCGGGACUCCACCUCCGGGUUUUUUUAUUUCUGAGUCUCCUUCUCUUAGAUGAGUUGCCCUCCAAGGUCAACGAGUCUCAUCCACCAACUCGAGAUUUGUCCUCAGUUUGCUCAGUACAGACCACUCGGCUUCCUUACAUAUAUAUAAAAUCACAAAUAAUAAUUCUCUGUGUAUGCAUGGCUGUUACGCUCUGUUCAAAAGGCGCGCAAAAUAAAAAUCACAGAAGUUAGCACUAAUUGGGAUGCUCACAAAGUGCGUUACUUGAAUGCAUUGUUUUGUGACGUAACUUUUAGUAGAUGGGAAGUUCACGCAUUACCGCCGCCAUUGCUUGGAGAGGUUAUUUCUAGGAAAAUGUAUACUAUCUGAACAAUGCGUAACUAAAAAUUGGGAAGGGGUUAGGCGUAGGGGACAAACUAAUAUUACCUCUCUUUUCAUUUCAUGCUGAGCGGUUUACUUCCACGCUUGUAAAAACCUUGUCAAUGGUUUUCAUUAUUUUUUUAAAAUCGCAUUCUUAAAUGUGUUGCUCAGAGCCACGGGCGUAGUUAGAGUGGGGCAAAUGUAGAACCGCUACAAAUCAGGAGGGAAAAUCAAUAUUAAGUACUGUAGAGAGGUACCGGUGGAUGGACAAAAACGAACCGCCCUUCCAAAUGCAGAAUAACUGGGUUGGCGGCAGGCGACUAAAGAGGUCCUCUUUCAUGCACCAGGUCGUGGAGCUGGAAAGGACAGUCGCCCUGCCCCAAAAUAGAGAAAGUCUGACCCUAAUACCAGUUAAUCCGCCAUAUGCGGAACCCUCACGUCCCUCUAUACAUUUGGCCUUGACCGAUGCAGCAGUGACGAAACGUACCCCUGAGCAUGUUCAGGAAGCAGCUGCCCUUGAGACCAUGGAUGUGUUCGUACACUUACCAGUGAAAGUGUUCACGGACGGCUCGGCCAACUUGAGAGAAAGAACUGCUGGGUAUGGUGCGCUCAUACUGUAUCCUGCGGGAGGACCACCAACAGAGGAGUUCUCGGGGCCCUGUGGGAUGCGCACCAAGCACUGCCCCUUGCGCACACAUCUCUGGCGGCUGGAUAACAACAGGGAUCCUACGUGCCAGCAUUGCAGCCUGGCCCCGGAGACCCUAGAGCACCUGUUGACCGAAUGUCCCUCACUAGAUCUCCCGGGGGAAGCCAGGGCGUUUGCAGGAUCCUUUUUGAGGAAAAUGUUGUAUGGCUCAGCUCAACAGAUGGAGUUGAUGUCCCAUUUACUAGCCGGUGUCAUAAGAGAGUAAUCUGAGACCCUCACCAGAAUAUGUGUGUUAGUUAGUGGCGCGGAUUGUUCGGUCCGCCACGGGCUGCACUCACUUAUCUUAAGGGGCGGAUUUGUUGUCCCACUUAUAUUUUAUAUAGCUUUUUAAAAAUAUGCAUUCUUUAUGCAUUGUGGUAUUCGUUAUAGUUGGGGGCGGCAAAAAAAGGACCACCCCCGAAUGUCCAUAUCAUUUCUACGCCUUAUUCGUUUUCUUGACAUCAUAAAACUUGUUAUUUUAAAUGGCUUUCUUUAAAAAAACAACAAAAAAAAACAAACAACUUCUGUACAUAAAAGGAAUGAAAUAAAAUUACAAUCAAAAUAAAAAAAAAUAAAAACCGAACCCCAAAAUCGAUAUGUAAAUUCACAUGUGAAUGAAUGUUUAAGAUGUGCUCCACAUAUCAGGCGAAUAAAAACUAAAUCUAUUAGGCUAUAUAUAUAUAUAUUUUUUUUUUCAAAAACGAAUACUCACGACACAAUCUCCCGAUGCAUCUCACGUAAAAAGAUGCCCUGCCUAAGGCGUCUGUUGUAAAUUUAAUGCAUUCGUUGGGUCAUGUGGUAAAUGUCAUGUGGUAAAUUUGCAGAAACAGAUUUUAUUAUUUUGAAUGUAACGGUAGAGCAUGAAAUUAUUUUAAAAUGCGCAGCUAUACUUAAUAAUAAGCUAUAAGCAACUCUGUGUACGUGGGGUAACCACCCCACCCCCCCCCCCCGCUUUAGCGCAAUUAUAAUUGGGGUCGAUAAAAUCGGGAUAGCGUUAUAGUGGGGUCGCGUUAUUUCGGCGUCGCGUUAUAGCAGGGUAGUGUUAUAGCGGGGUCGUGUUAUAGCGGGGUCGUGUUAUAGCGGGGUCGUGUUAUAGCGGGGUCGUGUUAUAGCGGGGUCGUGUUAUAGCGGGGUCGUGUUAUAGCGGGGUCGUGUUAUAGCGGGGUCGUGUUAUAGCAGGGUCGUGUUAUAGCGGGGUCGUGUUAUAGCAGGGUCGUGUUAUAGCGGGGUUGCGUUAUAGCGGGGUCAUUGGGAUUUUUUUUUUUUUUUUUUUUUUUUUNGGGGGGGGGGGGGGUUUUUGGGGUUUUUUUUUUUUUUUUUUUUUGGAAAGAUGGGGGAGGGGUCAUUUCAUUUUUAAAACUGGACAUUUCAAUCUCUUGUUGUCGGUGACGUAUGUCGUUUUGAAGUUGAACAAGUUUUGUAAAUUUUCUUAGUGCAUUUCUCACACUUUUAUUUCCCCAACAUACUUUGAAGAAAAUGAUUUUUCAUGUGUGAAAUCUGGUAAGUCAUGCCACAAGUUAUAUUCCCUUUAAGCUGCGCGGCUGCGCGGCCGCGCAGCUAUCUCACAGAUGCCGUGCAGCAGUUUUGAGUAACCGCGCAUCAAAUUUCCAUUUAAGUUUGUGUUUGUGGGCUGCAAAAUUUUGCACACAAAAAAUUUGAUGCUGUAAAACUUUGCACACAACUGAAUGAUUUUGCACACGAACCAGCAAACCUUAUCCCACAACCACGUUAUAUCCCAAUUUGCUUUGAAGUGGCGCACGUUUUAGCGGGGCUCCACGCUAUUACAUGUUGAACAAUUUAUGUCGGGGGACGUAUCAUCACAGUUUACGUUGUUCCUUUACAUAAUCAACCUAAAUGAUAAGUUCAAUGUUAAGUUCAAUGAUACGUUCCAUGAUAAGUUCAAUGAUAAGUUCAAUGAAACGUUCCAUUAUAAGUUCAAUGAUGAUAAGUUUUAUUUCUAUUUAUUUUCUCCCUCUGACACACACAGGCAACUGCGACAGCAGCAUCGGAUCCGCCUCCACAUCUGCCUCAUGCUGUCCUCCUUCAUGACCUCCGUCAGCAUGUUGGCCUGGGACCUGUUCAUCUUCCAGGACAGGCUGGCCACGGCGGAGAAGGACAACGCCGUCAUCAAUAAGAACGGGGUAGGUCCAGCAACACAUUCGUCGCUUGUGUUGUUGAUCAAGCGUAGCACCUUCAUCAUUAUCUGAAUACGUGGACCACCUAGAUCAUUGGGAUCAAGACAUGAGGGGCGGGCGGGGGGAGGCAACUGCUAUAUAUAAUAUUGUAGAGGGACCAUUUUUGCCACCAAUCUUAAUGUGUCAAUGGCGAGAUGGUCAAGUUGAUAGUUUUUUUGGCCGCAUGUUUGAACCCUCUCCCCCCCCCCCUUUCCACGAGUCCUUGACUCCCGAGUCCAUAGAACCGCGCACAAGAUCUUCUCUCCACCCCUACUUCAAGGGAGUGAUAACAUUUUUUUUGUUAACUUCAAAUCCUAGUUCCAAAUUUAACGUUAUCGCUUCAAAAUCUUAUUGAAACCCGUUACUGUUGUGAGUGUUACUGUGGGGAUUGUUACUGUGAAGAUUGUUACUGUGGGGAUUGUUACUGUGAAGAUUGUUACUGUGGGGAUUGUUUUUGUUGUGUGUGUUACUGUGGAGAGUGUUACUGUGGAGAGUGUUACUGUGGAGAGUGUUACUGUGGAGAGUGUUACUGUGGAGAGUGUUACUGUGGAGAGUGUUACUGUGGAGAGUGUUACUGUGGGGAUUGUUACGUUGGGAUUGUUAAUGUGGAGAGUGUUAAUGUGGAGAGUGUCACUGUGGGGAUUGUUACUGUGGAGAGUGUUACAUCGUGUCGAAGACAUGUUCAUGGUGAGCCUCACAUAUUUAUGAAGCCACACGGGAAACGUUGAUGCUAACAAGAUAAUAAAUUGAAUUUCAUACCGUUAAGUGUCACCAAGAAUUCCUCCUAUCUGAUAAAUAAAAAAAAAGUGAAGGAAAAACAACAAAUCCAAUUAGAAACCCGUCUUCUGCUUAGAGAUUAUCCAAGAUAUGAUUUCGUGUCUGGCAUAUAUUAACGUUUAAAGCCCCACCCCCCUCCCCCGAAAAUUGUGCACGGUGCAAAAAUAACAUUGGAUGAUUGCAUGCGUGAUUCUUUGAGACCUUCACUAUCGGGAAUGAGAUUUACGAAGCUGGGUGCAAAUAGGUGAAGUGUAUGAGGAAUUAAACAACCCAUAAAAAACAAAGUUUACAGUAAUCAUGCAACAGCGUCAGUUUAUUAUUAUUUUUUUUUUAAUGUGUAAAAGAAAGAGUUAACUAUAAAAAAAAAACCAAAGUUAAAUUAAAAGUUUUUUUUUAACAUUGCAGAGUCCAGAUGACAAUCCCUCGUUGUCUUAAAUGUUUGUAUUAUAUUUAAAUUUUUCUAAUGCCCCCCCCCCUCGGGGGCCCACUUCUUAACAGUACCAAGUGGUAUAAAUCGCAUAACUCACAAGUACAUGAAAUACCGAACACCGAAAAUGUUUCGGUUUUUCAAAAAAUGGGUUUAAAUAAUAAAUUUCAAAAGUUUGAAUCUCUGAUUGCCUGACGGUGCGGGCUGCCUCACAGGCAUUUACAUUAGCGCAAGGAAGUGUAUUUUAGAUAACGGCGUCACGAAGAAGAAGGAAUAAAUUUGAGUAAAUGGCAGGCGCAGGCAUAGGGCAGGAUCCAGACGAAGAUUUAGUGGGUCACAAUGACCGACAUAGAAUAUGGGGGGGGGGGAUACUGUCUUUGGCGGGGGGGGUAUAUUUUCGGGGGUUCCUAGCGUGAUGCUACUCCCCGGUUUAACUGCUUCCCAAAGCAAAUUAAACGAAUUUGCCAAAUUGUGUAUCCUUUUUGACUGAAGCCACCUCGAAGAUUUAGUGGGUCACCAUGACCGAAAUAGAAUAUGGGGGGGGGGGGAUACUGUCUUUGGCGAGGAGGGUAUAUUUUCGGGUGUUCCUAGCGUGAUGCUACUCCCCGGUUUAACUGCUUCCCAAAGCAAAUUAAACGAAUUUGCUAAAUUGUGUAUCCUUUUUGACUGAAGCCACCGGAAGAGCCAGGCGUCGGCCGCAAAUAAAUUUCGAUCAUAAGAAGUGCACUAACAUUAUCGGCUCAAAAGAAUCAUCGCCCUUCAUGUCAAUACAAAUUAAAGCGACAAAAUGCAUGGCAUCUAUAUUUAAUUUUUUUAACGUACCUUGAAUUGUACGUUCAAUCAAGCUUUUGCACUUCAGGUCGGCUGUAGGAUCCUGCAGCUCCUGACCAGGUACACCCAGCUGGCUGCCUUCAUGUGGAUGUUCAUAGAAGGGUUCCACCUGCACCGCCUGCUCGUGCACGCCUUCUCGGUACCGAAAACCUUGGUUCCAUACUACGUGUUCGGUUUUGGUGAGUACUAUUGAACAGCCGCAUAACUUAACCUUGGUGAGUACUGUUGAACAGUUGCAGAGCUUUUCUUGGUAAGUACUGAUGAUCAGUCGCAUAGAUUUACUUGCUGACUACUUUUGAAGGGCUGCACAGCUUUAUUUAGUGAGUACUGUUGAACGGCCGCAUAGCCAUACGUGCUAUGACAAUAGCCCACCCUAAACAAAACGUACAUAAUUUUUUUUUUUUUGUUUUUUUUGGACAAUUACAAACGUUUUGGUAAAAAUAUUAUUUUUUAUAUUUGAAAAAGAGUGGGUGAAGUUGAGGUGUAGGAUAAUAUCAGAAGCUGGAUCAAAGAAAAUCUUACAAAACUGAAAAUUAUGCCACAAAAAAGUAUGCCUUAGAAAAAGUAUUCAGCAGAAAAGUAUGCCACAGAUAAGUAUGCCACAGAUAAGUAUGCCACAGAUAAGUAUGCCACAGAUAAGUAUGCCACAGAUAAAUAUGCCACAGAUAAGUAUGCCACAGAUAAGUAUGCCACAGAAAAGUAUGUCACAGAUAAGUAUGCCACAGAUAAGUAUGCCACAGAUAAGUAUGCCACAGAUAAGUAUGCCACAGAUAAGUAUGCCACAUAUAAGUAUGCCACAGAUAAGUAUGCCACAGAUAAGUAUGCCACAGAUAAGUAUGCCACAGAUAAGUAUGCCACAGAUAAGUAUGCCACAGAUAAGUAUGCCACAGAUAAGUAUGCCACAGAUAAGUAUGCCACAGAUAAGUAUGCCACAGAUAAGUAUGCCACAGAUAAGUAUGCCACAGAUAAGUAUGCCACAGAUAAGUAUGCCACAGAUAAGUAUGCCACAGAUAAGUAUGCCACAGAUAAGUAUGCCACAGAUAAGUAUGCCACAGAAAAGUAUGCCACAGAUAAGUAUGCCACAGAUAAGUAUGCCACAGAAAAGUAUGCCACAGAUAAGUAUGCCACAGAUAAGUAUGCCACAGAGAAGUAUGCCACAGAUAAGUAUGCCACAGAUAAGUAUGCCACAGAUAAGUAUACCACAGAUAAGUAUGCCACAGAUAAGUAUGCCACAGAAAAGUAUGCCACAGAUAAGUAUGCCACAGAUAAGUAUGCCACAGAUAAGUAUGCCACAGAUAAGUAUGCCACAGAUAAGUAUGCCACAGAUAAGUAUGCCACAGAUAAGUAUACCAAGGUAAAAAAAAAAGAGAAGGAAAACAUUCCUAAAAAUGUGUUCUACAAAUGUUUUUGCCUUGAAGUUUUGAGUAUUUACUGAUAGCUUCAGCGCAAAUUGAAAGUCAGAGGCGGCACUCCUUAUGAACCAUUUUUGUCACAUCAUUUGUGCACAGGACGCGUUGAGAGACAUCGGUUUACAUGACUACAGCUGACUUGAGGAUGGCUCCGUCUGUUCAAAGACUUAAUGGAUCUUUUGUAAGAAUUAUGAAAUGCAAGAAGAAAAACAGUAAUAGAGAAAGAACGGACUACUAAAACGAUCGAAGGAAAAAAAAAAAUAAAAACUUGGAGUGGGGGGAAAUGGAAAUCAAUUCACAGAAAGAAAAAAAUAACCAUCAGGAGUGAAAGAAAUUAAACAAUUUUUAUGGAAUAAAAUGACAACGGGGUUGGGGAAGGGGUUAGGUGUUAAUAUUGGCAAAUUCUAUUAUGCAAAUGGCAUUUUUUUUUUCAAAGUGCCUGUGCAAUUCGUGUGGACUAAUGCUGCGUUUAAAUGUAGCGUGAAUCACUGCGUACGUGAGGGAAAUUUCUAAAAUGAAGGGCAAUCCUUUUUUUUUUUUUGUUUAUGCUCGCCCUUUUCCUGCACGCGGAGACGCCGUCUUUAUCUUACACCGCAAAAACUGAACUGAUUUCUAUUCUUCAUUGAAUACUCGCACAUUCGGGCCGUUUAACUCUUUUAAAGAUCUUGACCUGUUCACUCUCAGAGCCCCUAAUGGCUGCGUUUAACGCUGCUGAUUGCACCCACGGUCUUCCUCUUCUGAAUGCAUUGGGAGGAGUUCGGAACGAGUUACUUGAUUUGUGGCAAAUUGAAAUGAUGGUCAAGACAAACGUUCCAUGAAUGGUGUGCAAGAUUUCUUGCAAGUGGAGAAAACAACGGCAGAUUUGGUAAACGUUCAUUACUAGAAUGACAAAGUGGUUGUUUUUUUUUCCCAACAUUGUUGUGAAUUGAGAGAAACAGUUCUGGGGUCAACACAUUGGACUCAUUUUCGACGCAAUUUUUUGAUGUCUUCAAAGUACACGCGCUAUAAUGUGACAUUGGUUAAAUCCUGAGCCGAUGAGAACCUAUUUAUUUGAGAUACUUUUAUUUUAAUCUUAAAGAGUUCAGCAAUUAACAUAUUCACGUUAUGUUAUUAUGUGUGUACAUUUAUCAUUUAAAUUAGCGCCAGUAUUAAAAAUAAUAAUAAUAAAACACACACACACACACACACCAAAUACAAGAUAACUAAAUCUGUUAAAAAAUAUAUAGUAUCUUUGUGUUUGGCCUGAAACUUUAUUUUAGGUAACGGCUUCUAUUUAAAUUUCAAGUCGAACAUAACGAGGAUGAAUCAUUGCGAAACUUCGGUUCUGACUCUGUAUUGAACUUUUAAAAGCACAUCGGUAUAGAGACGAUACAACAAGCGCUUGGGUGAUCAGCUCGCCGGUUCGCUUUCACACUCAUCAGCGUACUUUAUCGGUCUUGAUAGCUUAAUUUUAUUUCCAACAUUGACGAUGCUCCAAAGGUUCAGGCAAGAUGACUCACUUCCAGACAUCCUCUCUUACAGGAAUGCCGAUCAUCCCGAUCAUCGUCUACGCAGCCAUCCGAGGAACAGACGAUGAGCUCAACAAGCUGUGA